AUGACUAAAUACGUUGUAAUUGGCUCUGGCAUAAUUGGAUUAUAUACCGUGUUCAAUCUCCUCGAGCAAGGUAUUAAAUCGACUGAUAUUUCAGUAAUUGCCGAAUAUUUACCUGGGGAUGAGUCAAUUAACUAUACAUCUCCGUAUGCUGGUGGUAAUUUCUCAUGUAUUACGGGUGAUGAUGCUGAAACUUUAGAAUUUGAUAGGUAUACUUAUACUAAUUUGCAUAAGGUACAAGCAAAAUUGGGUGGUAGCAAAUGUGGGUUAGAUCGUUACAUAUCUACUGAAUACUGGGAUUUGAUGCCUUCGCCUGCAAAAAAAGAUUCAUUGAAAGAAUAUCUUGAAGAAUAUGAAGAUAUUCCUGCUAAUGACUUGCCAAAGGGGGUAGCAUAUGGGAUCAAGUUUAGAUCUUGGAAUUUUAAUUGCCCAUUAUUCUUACAGAAUUUUCAAGCAUUUUUAGAGAAUGAAAAUGGAGUCAAAUUCACUAGAAAGAGAAUUUCUCAUGUAUCCGAUGCGUACUCCUCUAACACAGAAACUGUAUUUAAUUGUACCGGAAUUGGUGCCCACAAAUUAGGAGGAGUAAGUGAUUCGAAUGUUUACCCCACACGAGGACAAGUCGUGGUUAUCAAGGCUCCACAUAUCAAAGAAAAUGUCAUGAGAUGGACAGAUUCAGACCCUACGUAUAUUAUUAAGAGACCUUAUUCUAAUGACCAAUUGAUUCUUGGUGGAUAUACUCAGAAAGAUAACUGGACUGCGGACACCUUCAAAAAGGAGACUGUUGAAAUUUUAGAAAAAACUACUAAGCUUUUCCCAAAAAUUUUGGAAGAAAACCCCAAUGGACCUAAUAUAAAGGAUUUAGAAAUUUUAAGAGUUGCCUCUGGCUUAAGACCAAGUAGGCAUGGUGGCCCUAGGAUCGAAAAGGAGGUUAUGAACAGAAAUAGAGUAUUAAUUCACAACUAUGGUGCUAGUGGGUAUGGUUACCAGGCUGGAUUUGCAAUGGGACAUAAAGCAGUCCGUCUAGCUUUAUCCAGAGAUGUGAAACUUUAA